UCGACUAUUGCAAAUGGUGGAUUGCGUUACUUUUUCUCGUGCUCUGUGUAAAAUAUUUACGUAAAAUAGUGAUAAUUUUGCGUUGCAGUGUUUCUGACUAACACAAACAUGUCGGAAACACUGCCGAGUGCUAAAAAACAAGUUCCGCGGCAGCUGCGUGAACGUAAGCAAAGGAAACUCUAUUCAGACGAAUGGGCUCUUGGUGAUGAUGAAGCUGAGGGUGGUCGAGGGUUCUCCCUGGCUGACAAGCUGGAGAGCCCCAGAUUCGAGCAUUCUGGUUCGAUUCUGGAGAUGCACGGCUCUGAGAUCACUGUUGCAUAUCUGCAGAAAAAUGGCUUCACCACUCCACUUCUGUUCAAAGAAAAAACUGGAUUGGGAUUGAGGGUGCCCACCAGCAACUUCACAGUCAACGACGUCCGCAUGUGCGUCGGCUCCCGUCGCCUGCUCGACGUCAUGGACGUCAACACGCAGAAGAACAUUGAGAUGACCAUGAAGGACUGGCAGCGCUAUUACGACGACCCGAACAAGGAGCGUCUUCUGAACGUGAUAUCCCUGGAGUUCUCUCACACAAGGCUAGAGAACUACGUGCAAGCGCCACGUAUUGUGAGACAGAUUGACUGGGUGGAUACUGUGUGGCCGCGGCAUUUGAAAGAUCAGCAGACUGAAUCCACAAACGCGCUUGACGAUAUGAUGUACCCAAAAGUUCAGAAGUACUGUUUGAUGUCAGUGAAAGGGUGCUACACUGAUUUCCACAUUGAUUUUGGUGGUACCUCUGUUUGGUAUCACAUUUUGAGAGGGGCGAAAGUAUUCUGGUUGAUUCCGCCGACUGAGAAAAAUCUACAGCUGUAUGAAAAAUGGGUGCUUUCCGGGAAGCAGUCUGAUGUGUUCUUUGGUGACACCGUUGAGAAGUGUAUCAGGGUUCAUCUACAAGCGGGCUACACAUUCUUCAUCCCGACGGGUUGGAUCCACGCUGUGUACACUCCAAGUGAUUCGCUUGUGUUCGGCGGCAACUUCCUGCAUCAGUUCGGUAUUGAGAAGCAACUCAAGAUUGCACAAGUAGAGGAUGUUACUAAGGUGCCCCAGAAGUUCCGCUACCCGUUCUUCACGGAGAUGCUGUGGUAUGUGAUGGACCGCUACGUCAGCAGCCUGCUGGGCCGCUCGCACCUGUCCGCCGAGACUCUGUCCGCGCCGCUCGCCGCGCCCAAGGACCACGUGCAUCUCACGCAGCACGAGCUGCAUGGGCUCAAGGCGAUAGUGAUGUACUUACACCAGCUUCCGGCCGCCAGGAAGUCGGUGCCGGAGCUGCUGUCGGAACCAAUCGCCUUGAUCAGGGACGUGCGCACGCUGGUGGAGCAGCACAGACAUGACAAACAACAUCUAGCUAUCACCGGAGUGCCUAUAUUGAAAGGUCCGGACGAGGCGGCGCUGCCGGAGCGGCGACAGUCGAGCGCGCGGGGGCGCGGGGGGCGCGGCGCCCCCGCGCGCGCGCGCCCCGACCACGCGCACAACGCGCCCCGUCGCCGCAGGACCAGAUGCAAGAGAUGUGAGGCUUGCCAACGAACCGAUUGCGGCGAAUGCGUGUUCUGUCACGACAUGGUCAAAUUCGGGGGCCUGGGCCGCGCCAAGCAGACCUGCAUCAUGCGGCAGUGUCUACAGCCGAUGCUGCCGGUGACGGCGUCAUGCGCAGUUUGUCACCUGGACGGCUGGAUGCAGACGCCAGUGGCGCCGCAGGCCAAGGGUAACUCCGGUCGCAACGGCCCCUCGUGCCUCCGCGAAUGCUCAGUGUGCUACAGCAUAGUGCACCCGUCGUGUGUGCCCCCCGGCGGCCAGAUCAACGAGGACCUGCCCAACUCCUGGGAGUGCCCCGUGUGCACGCAGAUGGGGCUCACGCAGGACUACAAGCCCCGUCACUUCCGCGCGCGUCAGAAAUCCUCGGACCUUCGGCGCAUGAGUGUCGGGUCAGAUGUCAGUCAGCUUGGACAGCACCAUGGCAAUAUGCAGAACAAGCUGCCGCCGCCGGCCGUUGCUGUGAAGUCUGAGGCGAACUCCGACACAGAGGCCAAGAAUGAUGUCUCCCAUAUCAAGUCUGAGGAUGAAAUCAAACGCGAAGAGGAAGGCCUAUCUCCCGGGGAACUAGGAUCCUGUGAGGGUGAGGGCACCUGGGAACCCCUGUCCAAGAAGCGGCGGCCCUCGGACGAAGACGACGCCCCUAAAAAACACGCGCUGAGGGCGCACCACGCUUUGCAGAUCACACAUCACACGUCUAAGGUGCUAAAGAAGCCGCUGUACCCGGUGCGUCCGGCGCCGCCGCCGCCGGCCGCGGGCGCGCCGGGCGGCGGCGGCGCGUGGCUGGAGCGCGCGGCCGUGCUGCGCGUGUUCGCCAAGCUGUCGCCCGCCGACCUCGCCACCUGCGCGCUCGUCUGCAAGGCCUGGGCCGAGUACUCGAUGGAUCCAUCAUUAUGGCGGAGCAUGUCGUUCGUACAAGUGAGAGUGUCCGCGGCACAACUCGCGGGCAUCGCCAGGAGGCAGCCCCUGUCCCUGGGGCUUGAGUGGUGCCAUCUGGCGAGGAGACAGUUGGCUUGGUUGCUAGCACGAUUGCCCGCCCUACGUUCGCUGUCGCUGGCCGGGUCCCCGGCGGAGGCCGCGCUGGCGCUGCGCUCGUCCUCGUGUCCCCCCCUCACCUCCCUCGACCUCUCCUUCGCCCGCUGUCUCGACGACGCCAAACUCCGGGGCAUCUUAGCCCCGCCCGAGAACUCCAGACCCGGCGGCGGGGCCAGGACCGGAGCGGAGCCCAGUAGGCUGGCGGCCUUGUCCGUGCUGAGGCUGCCCGGGACCGAUAUCACUGAUGUCGCUAUGAGAUAUGUUGUACAGGCAUUACCAAAGUUGGUGGAGCUAGACGCGUCGUCUUGCGCGCGGCUAACAGACGCUGGCGCGGCGCAGCUGGCGCACCACACGCUGCAGCGGCUGUCGCUGGCGGGCUGCCGGCUGCUGACCGAGUGUGCGCUCGACCACCUCGCUCGCUGUGUCAACCUCGUCAGGUUGGAUCUCAGGCACGUGCCGCUGGUGUCGACACAAGCGGUGAUAAAAUUCGCCGCCAAAUCCAAACACAACUUGCACGUGCAAGACGUGAAGCUAGUGGAGCUGCGGAAAACUUGAUCCGAGGAACCAAUUGUGAUAUAGACAUUACGCAGUGGUGGGGAUGUGACUGAUAUACACCCAAAGUGCGAUAAGUGAAUGAAUCAAUUUGUAUUACUGUGUUUUUAAAGUUUCCUGAGUCAGUGAGGAAAUCCUAAAGAACAGUCAUUUGUGAAGGAGUAAGUUCUGCAUUAAUUUUUCAAUUUGUCUACAAUAAAUUUAUCGAUAGUGUUUCUUUGGAAACUGUUAUGGUAGGAUUUUGAAACAAUGUUUCAGCCAUUAGUGAUUGGGAAGUGAUCUACCAAAUGAGGUAAUUAUUCCCAGAUUUGACAAUAUUUCUACUAAGAAUUUUAGUAGAUUUUUAGUUUGGAAACGCGCAUUGGCAUUUUGUACAUAAAUUUUACAGCAGUGACAUAUCAAAAACAGAUUUCCAUAAAAUAAAUGUAAUUUAAAUCAAAGACUUGAGUAAGCGUAUUCUAAUGCUGAGAUACGAUUUAAAAUGAUUAGUGAUUUUUUUGAAGACGUCAAUAUUUAGUCCCAAAAAGACGUUUUGAUAAACAAAAUUUAUAGAAAAAUUAACUGAAUAAUUUUAGCCCAAUUCCUCUUUGUGUGUGAAUUAGUUUGAUUUCUAUUCUAUUGGUAUGUUUUUUGAAUUGUUAGUUACUUUAAGCUAGUAUAAUUUAGGUAGUCAACACCAUAAUACCUAAACAUAACAUUGCUCAAUGUCUACAAAAUCUAUCGCACCAUUAUUCGCACCUUGCUAAUCGAAUUUUAUUUUUGACAAAUAGCCUACAUUUGCGUUCCUUGACAAAUUUCAACUUUGUCUUCAUAAAUAUAAAGCUCGAAAUUGUAGAGAUAACUAAUAAUACCAAAUAAAAAAAUAGCUUAACAAUUUUGAGCUUUAUGUGUUUGGGUACAAAGCUGAAAUGAGUCAACGCGGAAUUCUAAUGCAAUGUAACAAUUCUGUUAGCAGCUCGACGGAGAUUGAAAACACGCAACGAUAUGAGAGAAAGAGCACUGAAGACAUACUUAAUGCAGUGCAUGUGAAUAAUAGCACGUUAAUUUGAAAACUCUUGGUUACAUCGAAAUGAAAUGCCAUCUAUGUACUUACGCUAUGACGUCAAGCUACUAUGAGCACUCAGUCAUAAUCUUAAGGCUUAAUUUAGCUUGUAAAUUAUGAAGCUACAGAAAUUUGAUGGCAAGGUUGCAAAUGAUUUUGUAGUCAAGACAUGUAUCUGAAAUAAAAGCAUUAAAUAAUCGAACAGUUCAUGAGAUAAAUUAUACUAGUUUCGAGCAUAUAUGGGUUUACUACCAGUACUUUUCGAAUUUCAUCCUAAAAAGUCGUAAAUUUAACUAAUAAAUGGGUUUGUGCCAGGACUAUUUGGGACGAAAAUGGGAAAAUAUUGGGCAUAAACAAAUCUCUGGUUUUUAAUCGCAAUAUGCCCCGUGCCAACAAUUUUACAGCACAUUAUUACUGCACAAUUGAUGAGUAUAUGAAAGUUGUGUAUAUUAAUUUUAUUGCAUGUUGUUGCAUUGUAUUAUAUUUUAUCUUUAAGGCAUCCACUCACUACUCAUUUUAGACAGAAAAUAAACACUGAAGCAAAUCCAUAACUUUGAACUUUAAUUUUGACUCUGUUGGUAUCAUAAGAACUGAGCUAUGUGAGUGAGUCCAAGUAAUAUUGUAUUACAUUGUAAAGUCAAUAUUAGUUAUCCAGGUCACACAAAUAUAUGUUUAGUUAUAUGAUUUGGAUAAGUUGACAGUAAAAAUGUGACGGUAUGUCUAUUGUGUUUAGUGUGUACCUGCCCUUAGUUUUGUUUCGCCAAGCCUGCUGUGAGAGGCUUCAACAUUGACUGAAAUUCUAAAUCCCUAACAGAUACCAUUCAAAAUGAAUUGUAUGCCCUAACCAACUUGUGUUUAAAAUUGUUUUUGUUUUAUAAAUGUUAUCACAUCACAUCUCUGUAUUUGUAUAUUUUAUAAUCUUCAUCCCUAGAAUAAUCAUACAAUUUAUUCUUACAUUUGUACAUCUCAACAAUACAUAUAUUUUCUAUUUACAUAAGAUGAAGAUGCGCAAAAUUCUGUGUAAUAUUCAUAUCGUGUUUGGUACAUUUUACUUCGCUCUGAGGGAAAACAAAAUACAAGUUGGUUUUAACAUAAAUGUCAUUCAUUGUAUCAAUUGAAAACACUUAUUUUGUAAAUAGCAAAUUAUUUAUUACACACAGAUUGAUAAAGCAUUAUUUUAUUUCAUGACAAUUCUAAAUUGCUUAGGUUGUAUUAUGUUUAGUUCUAGUCGCUUUAUAGGUUAAGCUGUUACGAGUACUAUAUGUGUAAAUAAAUAUAAUUUUGUGGGAAUCCAAGCAUCAAUCAUUUCUGUUUGAGGAAAAAUAGCUGUUGACAAAUAAUUAGCGCCAUUUCGCUUUGCUUGAAAUUGAACUCAGAUGGAUAUAUGAACGCAUGAUACGAACGUCUGUCAUUGUAAUUAUUAUCUUUUUUUAAUUACAAUCUAUCGAAGGUUGAGUUACGAAGGAUAAAGGCAUCCACAGCGUUACGUGGCAUGUUACAGGCGCUUUCUGGGAUGAUGCUCAUAUUUAGGUGUGCUUUGCCAAAAAAAAGAGACCUGCAAUAGCAUUGCAUUCUAUUUUGUGGAGUGACGCAGCCUUUUUUGUAUUAUAAGAAAAAAAUAUUGUGUUCCCUAAGUUUUGAACAAUUUUAUUGUUGGUAAUAAUUAUUAAUUGCUUUUUCCAACAAUAUAGUUCCUAAAGCUUUUUAUUUAUUUGACGAAAACUUAGAUUUUAUUGUCUUUUUAAAAUCAAAUCGAGAGUUGCAAAAUUUCUAUAACGCAUUGUAUAUUAAUUACUGUGAAAAUAGUUUAUUGCUACAUUUUGUAUAAGAAACAAGAUGCAUCUCAUUUCUCUUUGCCAAAUAUGUAUCUAUUCAUUUUUUACGUUACUUUAUGUCUCAUACUUUAUACUGUAUGACAAUAUACACUGAUACAGUUAUGUAGGACGCACAUAAUACCAUAGACUUUUGAAAAAUCGCCAGUAUUUUUUUUUACACUUUGACCAUUGUAUUAAUUAACCGUAAUUUUUAAACGGGCGGACCUAAUCGUUGAUACAGUAUGUAUAUUUUUUGUAAUAAAUGCACAAUGAUAAAAUUUGACAACAAAAACAUGAGAGUGCCUUUAAAAUAAUAUUAGUAAUUAACCAAAAAUCUCUUUAUUAAUAACAACAAAAGUGAACCGUAAUAUUGUUCGGUAAUGAUCUUUACGAAUACACAUUCUAAUAGUUUAGCCUUAUUCAGUCCUUUUCCCAAGGCUAAAUAAUUGUGAGCCAGGUGGCAAAAAAAUCUGCUACGGUUAGUUCUGCCUGUUUUAAAGCUUCACCAACAAUAAUCAUAAUGUAAAUUAUAGUCCACGAACAAUCGACAUAGUUUGUAAGCACACCGACUCUGGUCAUACAGGCGGGGUCGGCGGCCGCCUAUAGUAUUAGUUUUCACAUGCGUCUGGAUAAAUUACAACCAAAUGUGUACGUUUAUCGAAUUGUAAAGUCGUGUCCGAUGCCUUUAGGCGACUGGAAUACCCAGAACACCAGCGUUAGCAAUUACACACUCGAAAAGAAAGAUCGAAUUAAACAAAAGUACUAUGUAAAUCACAAUAAAAAAAAGUUCCGUUGAAAAUUGUACCUUUACUUUUCGAUGGAUUUGUAGAACAAUUUUCAUGAUAUUUUAGGUUUUGAUUAUAGCCAAUUAAAGUUAAUCGCAUGUACAUAUAAAUAGUAUUAUAUUUUAAACAUGCAUUUCACGUUGGUAUAUGAUUCUGAUUCUAGCAAUUUUUUUUGUUUAUUCGAUAAGCGGAAAUAUUUGGUUGUACUUUACCGUCCUGUUGUGUUUUUUGAUCCCAUAGUGACUAGUGUCUAUGAAACCUAAUUACUGAGCUAGUUUUAAGAAUUGUGUGCCUCAGUGUAUAGACAAAUAGCAAUAGGGAUGAAUCGUUGAUAAAAUUAUAUUAAAUUAAAUAUCAUCAUUAACCACACCAAUAUCAAAACGUGUGGCUAAUGAUUUUAUUUCUUAUUUUUUAAGAUAAUUAUAAUAUUAUUUAGUGUCUUAAGUGGCCUUCAUGCGAGUUUUAAUACGUUUAGGGGCAAUUUCGUAUAAUAACUACCAUCAUUAAAAUGUUUAAGUAUAGAGGAAUAAACUUAAGUGGUCCAGCGAUGGUGUCGACAUUUUAUAUAUGAGUAUGUAUGUACACAAGAUACGUUAAACUUAAAACUCCCCUCUUGUCGUUGGGGGUAAAAAAAAAAGUGACAACUUCUACUUUUGGACAUUUUAGUGAUGGGCGUUGAUGUAGUUUUUGAUAACAGGCUCGCAUGCUGGCUGUCGUUGGCGACAUGAAAGGUGAUAUUAAAGCCAAUGGCUAGGUUAACUAGCGAUAUUAUUGCGAAAUGAUGCGAUUACAAUCAGUAACAUUGUAUCAUUGGUUACCAUAAGCACUUAUAGUAUUUGAAAUAAAUAUUUACAAUGA